AUGCUUCCCCCCUUUCUUGGAGACGCGUCCGACGUGGAGGCUGUGGUGGACGCUUCGGCGCGACGGCUCUUCAGCCUGUUCGAGCGCCACGGCAGCAGCGACUACAUCGGCGAGCCAAUGUCCAUCACGGAGCACUCCGUGCAGACGGCAAACGCGGCGCUCAAGGCGGGCGAGACGGACAUGGCCGUGCUCGCCUGCCUGCUUCACGACGUGGGCCACCUCUGCGGGCUGGAGGCGGGCCACGCGCCAGGCAUGGGAGGCUGCGGGACGCCCGACCAUGAGCGGAUCGGCGCGGACUUCCUCGGCGCGCUCGGCCUGCCGCAGGACAUCGCCUACCUGUGCCACCACCACGUCGGCGCAAAGCGGUACCUGUGCGCCACGGUGCCGGGCUACGAGGAGCGGCUCUCCGAGGCGAGCAGCGUGACCCUGCAGCACCAGGGCGGGCCAAUGUCGCCGGCGGAGGUUGCGGCGGCCGACGCCGACCCUCGCUGGCCGCUCGUGCUGCGGAUGCGACGGUACGACGAGGCGGGCAAGGACCCGCACGCAGCAGCGACGAGCCCUCGCGACUUCGAGGCGCCGCUCCGCGCUGCCUUGCGCGCGUCGGUCGUCCAGCAGCUCGACGCCGCCGCCGCCUCGCCGCUCGCGUACCCGCUCUCUCCCUUUGCAAGCGGCUACCUGCUCUCGCAGGAGCAGCUCCGCUUCUGGGACGAGCAGGGGUACCUGACGCUGCGGCAGGCGCUGCCGCCAGCGACGGCGGCCGCGCUCUCGGCGAUGGCGGACGAGGCGGCCGCGCUGCCGCGCGGCGCGUGCUACCCGUGGCUGCUGCACGACGAGAGGUCGAGGGUCGACGGGGAGGUGCGGAUCUGCCGCGUCGAGAACUUUGUCAAGCACCACCGUGGCUGGGGCGAGGUCGGGCUCGGACUCUUGCAGCAGCUCGUCACGCAGGCCUUCCGCGCGCCGGCGGUCCUCUUCAAGGACAAGAUCAACUUCAAGGGGCCGGGCGGCGGCGGCUUCCUCGCCCAUCAGGACGCGACCGCGUACGCGACGGACAAGCUCGCGACACGGCACAUCUCCGUGCGGCUGCCGAUCGACGACUCGACGGCGCACAACGGCCCGCUCGAGGUCGCGCCCGGACAGCACCGGCGGGGCAUCCUCCCGCACGAGACGGGCAUCAUCGUGUCGGAGCAGGAGGCGGCGAUGCGCUUCGAGCCGCUGCUCGUCUCUCCAGGCGACGUCGUGCUCUUCGACUCGUACCUGCCGCACCGCUCGUCGGCGAACCAUAGCGACACGUGGCGCCGCUCCGGCUACUAUACCUACAAUUUGGCCUCCGAGGGCGACUUUCACGCGGCCUACUACGCGGAGAAGGCCGAGACGUGGGCCGCGGGUGAGGGCGGCAAAAUCUCGAUCACAAACGACUUUGGCGGCCACAUCGUCUCGUGA